UUUUUAGUUUUAUUUAAAAGACUAUUUACAUGAAUUUUCAUCAACUUUAUAAGCAACCAAUUGCCCCUCAGGAUGUUCCGGUUUCUGAUACUGCUGAAAUGGUUCACAUUUCUUCUUUGGCUCUUCUAAAAAUGCUUAAACAUGGCCGUGCUGGAGUUCCCAUGGAAGUCAUGGGCCUUAUGCUAGGCGAAUUUAUUGAUGACUAUACGGUUCGCGUUGUGGAUGUUUUUGCAAUGCCUCAAAGCGGAACCGGUGUCAGCGUUGAAGCGGUAGAUCCCGUUUUUCAAACAAACAUGCUUGAUAUGCUUCGCCUUACGGGAAGAUCUGAGAUGGUGGUUGGCUGGUACCACUCCCAUCCUGGAUUUGGCUGUUGGCUUUCUGGUGUCGACAUUAAUACGCAGCAAAGUUUUGAGGCUUUGAAUUCCAGAGCAGUUGCAGUCGUGGUCGAUCCGAUUCAAUCUGUUAAAGGAAAAGUAGUAAUUGAUGCCUUUCGUUUAAUCAGCCCCCAAACGCUGAUGAUGGGCCACGUGACUGGUCAGGAGCCGCGCCAGACCACUUCGAAUAUUGGCCACUUAAACAAGCCGAGCAUUCAAGCGUUGAUCCACGGGCUAAACCGCCACUAUUAUAGUCUUGCUAUAAACUAUCGCAAAAACGAAUUAGAACAGAAAAUGUUACUAAAACUCCAUAAAAAAUCGUGGAUGGAAGGCCUCGAGCUUCUCAGCUUCGACGAUCACAGCAAAAUAAAUGAAGCUGCUUUUAAGAAAAUUCUCGACUUAACAAAAUUAUAUAAUAAAUCUGUUGAAGAAGAACAAGUUUUAUCUAAAAAACAGCUUAACAUAAGAAACGUUGGAAAGCGCGAUCCGAAACGCCAUCUAGAAGAACAGAUCGAUGUUCUUAUGAGUGCCAACAUUAGCCAAUGUCUCGGAACAAUGCUCAACACAAUUGUUUUUUAG